AAAAAAUAAUAGAAGAAUCUCAAUGUAUAUUAAUUAAAUUAAUAAACGUGUAAAAAACCAAACGUAAAAAACAAAAAAAAACGGAGGAAGUAUUAUUUAUUCACUUGUGCGGAGAUUGUUUUUAGCCUUAAUCCUUUUGUUAAUUUUAGUUUUGGAUAAAGUAGACUUUAAGGACACAACACUUGAGUAAUAGUGACACUUAGUUACAAGAAUCUUUGUCAUACUUGAAAGUUACUCUUCUCCGUUUGAGAAAACUUAGGACUAUGUCCUCAUCAUUUUGGCCAUGCAUCUUCGGGAUUCACACUCUUUACUUUCUUUUCCUUAACAUUAAACAAGUCAUUUCUCCUAUCUAUUCUGCUCGGAGUCGUUGCAAUUCAUCUCUAACAUGAUGAUUUUAGGUAAUCCGUCUGAGUUUUCUUUCCUUAUAAAAAAAAGCCUUUUUUUUUUCCUUCCGGAUUAAGUUAUUACAUCAUCAUAAAUCUGAGUUUCACAAAGCAAUUAUGAUCCGAAAGUACAAGUAUUACAAGCAUAUCCCAAAUAAUCAAAUCGUUGUCAAUUGUCUCACCUUGCCGCUAGAUGAGUUACCAACUUAUCGUCGUUAAGAAUAUAUAUUCGGAAUACUUUAACUAAAAAAGAGCCAAGGAAAUAAGGAUCCAUGGAAGAAGAGGAUGUUCUAAACCUGGGAAACUACUUCCACAAGUUAUUAAACUCUGUAAUUUCAUCUGGCAAACUUAAUUAAAAGUAUUAACUACUUGUAUUAAUUAUAAGAUACCUUUUAAGAAAUUCAAGAGCCUUAAAGAUCAAUGUUCAUGCUGCAUUAUGCUUCAAUUAACAACUGUACAAUCAGGCAGACUUCCUCCAAAUUAUUAAUUAAACACAAAACAAUCAAAUUAAAGUUUUAAUUUAUUAUCUUAACUUAAUUACUAAUAUAGUUGACCAAACAUAUAUUAACAGUACUAGAAGCAAGUAAGAAACUUAGUUAAGAGAAACACAUUCUCUCCAUGUUUAUUGUCGGAGAUUCUUCCAAUAAAUCCAAAUUUUUUUACAUCUUCAUUUCUUUUAUUUGUAGAUUUAACAACAUUUUAUUUAUUAAAAAUUAACACAAAAUGAAGCUUAUUUAUUAACCAAUCUUCUAUCAUCUAUCUCCCUUCUUCUUUCUUCUCGUUCAUCCACAUUUUUUUCACUCAAAGCUCCCCUGACCCACAAGAGCCCACCUUCUGUUUUUCAUUCCUGCAAUCAUGAAAAAGUAGUUACACUGAAAUUAGUGUAAGUAAUUAGUAGAAGUAUCACUUAAUUAACAAUAAUGCAGCUUAAACUUGAGCUGUCAUUGUUGUCGUUCAUCCUGUUUUACUGUUACAUUGGUUGUUACACUAUCAGUGUAACUGCGAAUCUCAAUGAUGAAGCUUCUGUUCUUUUAUCGAUAAAAUCGAGCUUAGUCGAUCCAUUAGGCCGGUUACAUGAUUGGAAUGGUUCAGCUCAUUGCAGUUGGACAGGAGUCUUCUGCAAUGAGGUGGGAUUCGUCGAAAAGCUUGAUCUUUCCCACAUGAAUAUCAGCGGCAAGGUUUCAGAUGAGUUCCAGCAGCUGAAUUCUCUGUCUGUUUUGAAUUUAUGCUGUAAUGAGUUCACAACAUUAUUGCCAAAUUCGGUUGCAAAUCUCACAUCACUCAAGUCUUUAGAUGUGAGCCAGAAUCAGUUUUCUGGGAUUUUCCCCUUGGGAUUUGGUAAGUUUGAUGCUCUGACAUAUUUAAAUGCUUCUGGUAACAAUUUUGAGGGUGAUCUUCCUAGUGAUUUAAGCAAUGCUACUCUUCUUGAAACUCUCGAUCUUCGAGGUAGUUACUUUGUUGGAUCAAUUCCUGCUUCCUUGAUGAACUUGAAGAAGCUGAAGUUUUUAGGUUUGUCAGGGAACAAUUUGACAGGCCGAAUACCGCCUCAGCUUGGGUAUCUCUCUUCUUUAGAAACCAUGAUUCUUGGGUACAAUGUGUUUGAAGGUAAAAUUCCUAGAGAGUUUGGUAAUCUUACCAAUCUCAAGUACUUGGAUUUGGCAAUUGCCAAUCUGGGUGGUGAAAUUCCAGCUGAAUUAGGUGGGUUAAUUCAGCUUGAUACACUUUACUUGUACAAAAACAGUUUACAAGGGAAAAUCCCAUCAACAAUUGGUAAUAUGUCAUCCUUAGUUUCGCUCGAUUUAUCUGAUAAUUUACUAUCAGGAGAAAUCCCAGCUGAGAUAGGUGAAUUGAAGAACUUGCAGCUGAUAAACCUGAUGUUCAACAAGUUAUCAGGGUCGGUCCCUUCUGGGAUUGGUAAGUUGCCUCAGUUGCAGAUUCUUGAGCUCUGGAAUAACUCUCUUUCUGGCCCUUUGCCAAGUGAUCUUGGUAAAAACUGCCCCUUACAGUGGCUGGAUAUUUCAUCCAAUUCAUUUUCGGGUGAAAUUCCGAAUGGCCUUUGUGAUAAAGGUAACCUAACUAAGCUCAUUCUGUUCAAUAAUGCUUUUGAUAGUUCUAUACCAACUAGCUUAUCUGAAUGCAACUCAUUAGUCCGUGUUCGAGUCCAUAAUAACCGCCUUUAUGGUACUAUACCUUUGGGUUUAGGGAAGUUACCCAAGCUUCAGAGAUUAGAACUGGCAAAUAAUAGUCUGACUGGUAGUAUUCCUACUGAUCUUGCUUCUUCACCUUCUCUCUCGUUCAUAGAUAUCUCAGGAAACCUCCUACAGUCUACUCUUCCCUCCACUAUUCUUUCCCUUCCCAAUCUCCAAACUCUGAUGGUCUCAAACAACAACUUAGGAGGCAGGAUCCCAGAUCAGUUUCAGGACUGCCCUUCACUUUCUGUUCUUGAUCUUUCCUCAAAUCACUUUACUGGUAUGAUCCCAACAAGUAUAGCUUCCUGUCAGAAACUGGUAACUCUAAGCCUAAAAAACAACCAAUUGGGUGGUGAAAUCCCAGAAUCUAUCUCUAUGAUGCCUUCAUUAGCAAUUCUUGACCUCUCUAACAACACCUUAACAGGCGAAAUCCCGGAACAUUUUGGUAGUUCACCAGCCUUAGAGAUGUUGAAUGUUUCACAUAACAAGCUUGUUGGUCCUAUCCCACCAAAUGGUAUACUUAGGACUAUCAACCCAGCUGAUCUAGCAGGAAAUAAAGGCCUUUGUGGUGGGAUCCUUCCACCUUGCUCUGCAGCCUCACUCUAUAAAGAUGAGAAACAAAAUCUCCGAACCAAACGUGUCCUAACAGGGUGGGCAAUAGGGGUUUCAGCUGUUUUAGCGUUUGGGAUUGCAAUCCUAGGGGCCAACAUCAUAUACAGAAAAUGGUACUCGAAUGGCACAUGUUUCGAAAGAUAUGAUGAUGCUAGUAAUGGAGCUUGGCCUUGGAGGCUAAUGGCCUUCCAAAGACUCGGGUUUACUAGUAAUGAGAUACUUUCAUGCAUCAAGGAGGAAAAUGUGAUCGGAAUGGGAGCUGCUGGGGUAGUCUACAAGGCUGAGAUAACGCGGCUGAACAUGGUUGUGGCAGUCAAGAAGCUCUGGAAAGCAAAGAUUGACAUUGAGGCAGGGAACAUGGGUGAUGAUCUUGUAGGGGAGGUGAACCUUCUAGGGAAAUUAAGACAUAGGAAUAUUGUCAGAUUGUUAGGAUUUCUUCAUAAUGAUAAAGAAGCUAUGAUUUUAUAUGAGUACAUGCAUAAUGGAAACCUUGGUGAUACUUUACAUAAAAAACAGGCAGGUGGGUUGUUAGUAGAUUGGGUGUCAAGAUAUAACAUUGCAGUUGGAGUUGCUCAAGGGCUUGCCUAUCUUCACCAUGAUUGUCACCCACCAGUCAUUCAUCGUGAUGUUAAAUCAAACAAUAUAUUGCUGGAUGCCAACCUAGAUGCAAGGAUUGCAGAUUUUGGGUUGGCUAAGAUGAUGAUCAAGAACAACGAAACUGUGUCUAUGAUUGCAGGUUCUCAUGGUUACAUAGCUCCUGAGUAUGGAUACUCACUAAAAGUAGAUGAAAGGAGUGAUACCUACAGCUACGGGGUAGUUCUGUUGGAGCUGAUAACAGGAAGGAGGCCGAUAGACAAAGAAUUCGGAGAGGCAAUAGAUGUAGUAGAGUGGAUAAGAAACAAACCAAGAAACAACAGAUGUUUAGAAGAAGUGUUAGAUCCAAGCUUAGCAGGAAACAACAAACAUGUGCAAGAAGAGAUGUUAUUAGUACUUAGAAUUGCGCUCCUUUGUACCGCAAAAGUACCAAAGGAUCGACCCUCAAUGAGAGAUGUGAUAACAAUGCUUGGAGAAGCAAAGCCUAGGAGAAAAAGCAGCAGUAAUAGUGUAACUACACCUAACAUAGACAAGGAUAAACCAGUUUUUACAGCUUCUCCUGUAAAUGGCAUCAUCAUAUAGCCCACAUGAGACCGCAAUCGUGUCUCUCUAGAGUUGACUAUAUUAUCCUGCAUAUUCUUAGUUGUAACUUUGUAUGUAGCAAUUUUUUUCUCUCACUCAAAAUUUUAUUUGUGUUUAUGGUGUGUUUUUUUGUAAUGAAGUUCAUGUUCAA